AUGUUAAGGAUAUAUAAAUAAAAUUAACAAAAAUCUUUUUUCUUCAAUGUCCCAAAGACCACCUGUCCCAUAAAAUUAAGCCCCUUAACCAUAAUAAUUCUAACCAGCUCCAACAUAUGCUCCAUAAUAUGCACCACAAUAUGCUCCAACAUACGCCCCUGCUUAUGCCCCUACUUAUGCCCCAACAUAUGCUCCAUAAUAUGCUCCUGCUCCUAUUGCACCACUAACAUACAGUGUUGCAAGACCUGUUGCUCCACUCAACCAGUCAUUGCUCAACCAGUCGUUGCUCAACCAGUUUUGUAGUAAUCAGUAAUUGCUCAACCAGUUGUUUAAUAAUCAGUCCAUGCAACAAUUAAAGGAGAAUCAAGAAUCGAAUAUAUUCCUUAUUAAAAGGCUGUUAUGGAAUAUGAAGAAUAAGAAGUUGUUUAAUACGUUCCAAGAGAAAGAAAAGUCACAGAUUAUUAUGCAGUUGAAUAUUAGACCGAAUAUGUCCCAUAAGUCUUCUAAGAAAAAUAUACAGAAUACGUACCAGUUGAUAGAUAUUAAGAAAGAGUUGAAUAUUAUCCAGUCGAAAGAUAAGUUGUUCAUCAAUAAGUUGUCUAACAACCAGUUGUUCAAUAAGUUGUCUAACAACCAGUUGUUCAAUAAGUUGUCCAACAACCAGUUGUCUAAUAAGUCGUUCCUCAACCAGUUGUUCAAUAAGUUGUUUAAUAACCUCUCAGUGUUGUUUAACCAGUUUAAACUGUCCCAUUGACCUAUGCACCAUAAUAUGCUGCCCCAAUUGUUUCAUCAAGAGUUAUUCCAUCAUACCCAUAAUACCCAUCAUAUCCUUAAUAUCAAUAGGCUCCUUAAUAACAUUAAGCCUAGCCAUAAUAACCACCAAGAUCAAAUUUGAAUGUUCAUUGAAAUAAUAAGUGCACAUCAAUCAAUUAUAUUGUUAUUAUCAAAUUUCAAAA